GCUCAUCAUCCAGGAACAGUCAGACCCUUACAGCAGCAGCAAGCAGCCCUCCACCAGCAGAGAAGGACAAUGUCUCAGCACAAGGACCCUGCAGCUUCAGCCCUCCAGAUCUGCAGCUCAUAGGAUUCUCCUAAACUCCCAGACUGCUUGACCCCAGGACCGUCUUGCUUAUGGGGAUGAGGCUCCCAGGUGUUAGACGCUUUAUGGAAGGACUUCUAUUCCACUCCAGGAUUAUGCGUCCGGAUGACGCAAAUAUUGCAGGAAACGUGCAUGGAGGAACCAUUCUGAAGAUGAUUGAGGAAGCUGGAGCCAUCAUAAGCACCCGCCAUUGUAACAGCCAGUCUGGGGAGAAAUGUGUUGGUACUUUGGCUCGUGUGGAGCGCACAGACUUCCUCUCCCCCAUGUGUAUUGGAGAGGUGGGUCAUGUCAGUGCAGAGAUCUCCUACACUUCAAAGCACUCUGUGGAGGUUCAAGUUAACGUUAUGGCUGAAAACAUAUUGACAGGGGCAAAAAGACUGACCAACAGGGCAACCCUGUGGUAUGUCCCACUUUCCCUAACAAAUGUGGACAAAGUCAUUCAAGUACCUCCAAUCCAGUAUGAAAAGCCAGAGCAAGAAGAUGAAGGAAGGAAGAGAUAUGAAAAUCAGAAAUUAGAGCGUUUUCAAACCAAACAGAGGAACGGAGAAUACAUUGUGCCAGUCGUUAACCCAAAACAAUACACCGUUGGAUAUAGUCAGUCCAGUCUUAUUCAUUUGGUGGGACCCUCAGAUUGUACUCUGCAUGGCUACGUCCAUGGAGGUGUUACAAUGAAAUUAAUGGAUGAAGUGGCCGGGAUUGUAGCCGCUCGACACUGUAAAACAAAUAUCGUUACCGCCUCAGUGGACGCCAUUAACUUUCAUCGCAAGAUUCAAAAAGGUUGCAUCAUUACAGUGUCUGGCCGUAUGACAUUCACUAGUAACAAGUCCAUGGAGAUUGAGGUGUUUGUGGAUGCAGACAAAUUAGUUGGUGACACCCAGGAGCAAUACAGAGCAGUCAGCGCCUUCUUCACUUAUGUCUCUCUCAGCAAAGAUGCCAAACCUCUCCCUGUUCCACAGAUUGUGAUUGAGACUGAAGAAGAAAAGAAGAGAUUUGAGGAAGGAAAAGGCCGCUAUCUGCAAACCAAAGCCAAGAGACAGACGAACUCACAGUCCCUGACCCAACAAUAAUGGCAUAAUUGAAGGAUCUGCCACAGGGAUCAGGAAAAUAAAGCCUUGAUAAAAGGGAACACUCGCCAAAAUGAUCACUGAGUAUAGUGUUAUGUGAUGUAAAUGAUAAUAUUAACGUAUUUUAGGCUCUACUGUUGUUUCUGCACUCAGAUUACACACAUCUAUAGGUGGGAAUGCAGUGUCUAUGUAAUGAACAGUAAUGCGAUUUAGGAUAUUCAGUAGGUAGUAAUGCACAGCAGUAUACUGUAGGUCUAUUACAAAUCCAGCUAUUUGUCCAGUCUCAAUGACAUUUGCCCCUUGCUUUUUCAUAUAAUAAGACUAGAUAAUGUGCCCAUAACAAGGGAAUACAUACCACAGAGGCAGGCCAUGCAUCUGCUAUCCUUAGAGAAAGGGGCCACCCUUUGUGGUCUUCUCUUCUUUGCUGUUUAGGUGACAAGAACCUAGAGGUGCUGCAUUGUAAGCAAACAAGGGGGUAGUGGACCAAGGGUCAUAGGAAGUGGGAUAAAAAAGGAAACAAACACCAGACUCUUCUGUCCAGAGUGGCAAACUCCAGCAGCUCAAAGAGGUUGUACGGUAUUUUUUAUUUAUUUUUAUUUGUCCCCCCUCUUUCCAGUCAGCGGUACCUGUGGAGAAACCAUUACUCACUUGCUCCCUGAUGCGUCAUCCUGGUUCUCGGACUGUCUUCACUGGACUUGUAGUCCCCAUCUGUCAGCUUCCACAUAUACAGGCUUAUGUGCGUCGCAGUAGCCAAUGACUGGCUACAGCGGUGAUGUGUCCUCAAGAGGCACAUGGCCACGCAGUGAUGUGCCUGGGGACAUCUCACCACUGAGGACAGUCAUUGGGUGUUGUGAUGAACAUGAGCCAGAACGUGUAUGGAUUUCUCCUUAGUUACAGCUCUGUGCAACCCCUUUAAUGGCAGCCUAAAAAAAAUACGUUUAUAGCAAAGUAUUCCAAAGCA